GGUUGGCAGGUUCUGAGACACGGCAGGGGGUGCCACACAGUGCCAGGCAGAGUGGGCUGGGGCCUUGUCACCAAAGCAAAGAAGUCUCUGCUAGGCCGGGAGGCAGCUGUCCCAUGCUCUGCUGAGCACGGUACCAUGCCUUGGCUACUCCUCCUCCUGCUGCUGCUAAUGGUGCCAGCAGGCCCAACCUCUGCCAGGGAGAGUGCAGCUAAGCACCUCACACUCACCCGGGGACGGAGACAAGUGACCAUGGAGGAUGACUAUGAUGAGGAGUAUGAAGAAUACCAAACAGAACCUCCUGAAACAUUCACAGUAGUCUCUGUAGUCUCCGGGGUUAUGACUAUGGGGGGCCAUCAGCGGGCAGGUUCUGUGCAGCCUGGGAGUCCUGAGCCGCCCACAGUGGCGGCCCGCAUAGAGCCGGUCACACAGCAGAGUCUGGUCACAGAGGAUCUGGCCUCACCAAGGAGCUCUGUAACUGUCUCUAGCACAGAGGCACCAUUCAAAAAGGGGGCCCUCUCCAUGCAACCAGCAGCCACGGAGGCAGAGACCACACAGCCUGUGCCCACAGAAGCAGAGACCUCAGAGCCUGCACCCACGGAGGCAGAGACCUCAGAGCCUGCGGAGGCCAUGCUCACAAGUUUCACAGCCAUAAAAGCUCUGUCCACAGAGCUAUCUGCCACAGAGCCCAUUGCCACAGUGGCUAUGUCUACAGAGACAGACACCACAGAGUUCUCAGCCACAGAACCCACCCCCACCGUUACCUUUCUCGGGCACUCUGUCAUUCAAAAGGACAGCACCGUGGCAGCCAGCAACUUAUCCGGCUCAGGCCUGAAAAAAGGACCAGCUGUGCCCACUGGGAACUCCAUGUCCCCCUCACCGACUGAGGCCUCAGGGCACAUCCCUGUGAGGCAGUGCCUUCUGGCCAUCCUCAUCCUGGCACUGGUGGCCACCAUCUUCCUCGUGUGCACUGUGGUGCUGGCAGUCCGCCUGUCCCGCAAGGGCCAUAUGUACCCAGUGCGUAACUACUCCCCCACUGAGAUGGUCUGCAUCUCAUCACUGCUGCCCGAUGGGGGAGAGGGAGCCUCGGCCACAGCCAACGGAGGUGUGAGCAAGGGCCAGGACCUCAAGGCAGAGGACAGGGAGGACCGCGAGGGGGACAACCUCACCCUGCACAGCUUCCUCCCAUAGCCGCCCUCAGUCCCCGGCUCUUGCCCCCUCCACAGCCCCACAGCACUGGGCUUGUGGGGAGCCCAAGGGAGGGAUUUGAGCACAGGACUGUGGCUGCCCCAGACAGGGCCAAGAGCAGCCACAGUCCUGCAGCCACGUAGGCCCAGUGGGGAGAACACCUCCUUCUCUCUGCUGCCGUGGUAGAGCCAGCUGUGCCCUGGCCAGCGCCAAGGCUGGCAGCCACUCUGCCUGUGGGACUCUUGCCCCUUUCUUCCCCCUACUGCUGUCUGCUGCCUGCCUCCCUCCAGGCCCUGGGGCUCAUCCCCAGGUACCACGGAUGACUAAGUUACCCGCCCACUCCCACAGCCACUACUGACACUGCCUCUGGUUGCUGUGGUGGCCAGGUAGGACAGGAACACUUGGGGAUGGGUGCCACAGAGUGAGACUCCUGAAGCCAACUCCUUCUGUCCCUGUCCCCUGAGCAGCAUCGCCCAGCCGAGGGAGCUUGGUAGGGUAGAUCCUCUGGGCCAGGGAGAUUCCUUCCGGGGACAGAGUGAGCCUUCCCUGCCCUCACCUGUGUUCCCUGUGGCCAUGAUUCAGGUGGGUCCUAUCCCGUUCUCAACAGCAUCCCCCACGCCCCCAGCCCAGCCUCAGUAAACAUUUGAUGAAGGGUGCAUGGUGGCUGAGUCCUUUGCAGGCUCCCUCUGUCCU